AUGGCGAUACUGGACGCGACAAGCACGCUACACCAUAGGGCGCUGUCCUCGGAAUCCCUGCUCAACGCUCAGUAUGUGCUGCAAUACACCCAGACAGCAGCGCCGAUUGCGCUCCUACUGGUCUUCAUCGGCGCCUUCAUCGCCAGCUCCAUUAUCUCUGCCAGGCGGCUGACUCCCAAUGGCAACGCCGCUUAUGGCCCUGGCGGUCGACCUCUGCCGAAGCGAACCAGAAGUACUAUGACCGUCUUGAGAGAUCGCCAAGAGAUCUCUCCUAGAUUUCGACUCAUUUUCCAGUGGCUUGCAGUAGCCGUGCUGUUGUCCUAUGUUGUAGAUGCUGCUAUUAAUAUAUCUCACGCUGUAAUAUACCGUUCCGAGCAUUGGUGGCGCGGCCAGGCCACAGUGAUCUACCUUGUUGGCAGCUUCUUCGUUCACGCUCUGAUCCUGAUCUCCCUCGUCGACACCACACCUUCACCAACCUGCGCCCAAUUUAUUCCAUGGGUAGUGGCCGUGGUAAUCGAGCUUAUCAUCUGUGGAACCUCCCUGGCCAUAUAUACCAGCCCGCAUCGCGAACCGACCGUAGGCGAUCCGAACGGCGGCCAUCUCCGGAAAAGCAUCACUGGCUGGGAAGUUGCCGAAGUGAUCUCGCACACGAGCCGGGUCACUUUUCUUGCUGCCCUUGUCUUUUUGUACCUCGCCUCUACCAAUCGAUAUUUCACUCGUCGUAAGGCCGAUCCGCGUUUGGCUGGUGAUAUAUCGGAGACGACUGGUCUCCUACAUCCAUCUUCUGCCGAAGUUGGUGUCGCCAACGGGUCUGGGUAUGGUGCCACCUAUAUAAACGGAACAAACGCCACAAACGGUACGACUGGCGCAAACGGUACGACUGGCGCAAAUGGCACGACUGGCGCAAAUGGCACGAAUGGCCACGCAUCAUCGACCGAACGCCCUGUCGAUCCUUGGGUUCGUCCGACGACGGUUCCAUCAACAAGCUGGUGGGAAUAUCUUAGUGGCUAUUCACUCUUCUUUCCCUACCUCUGGCCGUCGAAAUCUCGCCAAUUGCAGAUAGUUGUCGUCAUUUGUUUUGUUCUGAUCCUUCUACAGCGGGUUGUCAACGUAUUGGUUCCCAUCCAAGCUGGUAGAAUAACCAACAUCUUAUCAGAAGAUGAAGGGAAAAACCAGCGUAUUCCUUGGUUUCAGAUCUGCCUCUAUAUACUCUACCGUUGGCUGCAGGGAAACCAAGGUCUGAUCGGGUCCCUACGGUCUAGCUUGUGGAUCCCCGUUGGUCAGUAUUCCUACAUGGAGCUGUCGACCGCAGCAUUCGAGCAUGUUCACAGUCUCAGUCUGGAUUUCCACCUGGGUAAAAAGACAGGAGAAGUACUUUCAGCUUUGAGCAAAGGCAAUUCGAUUAAUACCUUUCUCGAGCAAGUCACUUUCCAAGUGGUGCCCAUGUUGAUCGAUUUGGGUGUCGCAAUCGGAUACUUCUUGGUGGCUUUUGAUGCAUACUACGCGCUCGUUGUGGCUAUUGUUACUUUUUGUUAUCUCUAUGUAACGAUUCGAAUGGCGCAGUGGCGAGCUGAAAUAAGGCGCCAGAUGGUUAAUGCGUCUCGACAGGAGGACGCCGUCAAGAACGACUCGAUGGUUUCUUACGAAACCGUCAAAUAUUUUAAUGCGGAAUCCUAUGAAUUCGACCGCUACCGGACAGCUGUCAGCGACUUUCAAAAGGCUGAAUAUCACGUUCUCUUUUCUUUGACGUUGAUGAACACUUGUCAAAACACUGUUUUCAUGCUGGGUCUCCUGGUAACCUGUUUUAUUGCGGCCUAUCAAGUCUCCACCGGUCAACGGUCAGUCGGUGAUUUUGUCGUCCUUUUGACUUACAUGGCGCAGCUCCAGGGCCCGUUGAAUUUCUUUGGCACAUUUUAUCGAUCGAUCCAAUCUGCCCUGAUCAAUUCCGAGCGUAUGCUGGAAUUAUUCCGAGAGCAGCCAACUGUAACCGACCUGCCUCAUGCUACGCCGAUAAGUGGUUGUCGGGGUGACAUUGUCUUUGAUAAUGUCGAGUUCUCAUACGACUCUCGAAAGCCAGCCCUUAAUGGGCUGACUUUCCAUUGCCGUCCCGGAACGACCACUGCGCUAGUGGGAGAAUCUGGUGGUGGUAAAUCGACUGUGUUCCGUCUUCUUUUCCGAUUCUAUAACGCCGCUCGAGGAACCAUUCGUGUCGACAACCAGGACGUUCAAGACGUGACUAUUGACUCAAUUCGCCGCCACAUUGGUGUCGUGCCACAAGACACUGUGUUGUUCAAUGAGACCUUGAUGUACAAUUUGAAAUACGCAUGUCCCGGUGUAAGUAAUGAGGAUGUAUACGAGGCCUGCCGAGCCGCCAGCAUUCACGACAAAAUCCUUACAUUCCCCGACGGCUACCAGACGAAAGUUGGAGAACGUGGAUUGCGAUUGAGUGGUGGAGAAAAGCAGCGCGUUGCCAUUGCUCGUACAAUUUUGAAGAAUCCUCGGAUUAUUCUUCUUGAUGAAGCAACUGCAGCCCUUGAUACUGAAACUGAAGAGCACAUUCAAGGUGCAUUGUCGACACUUUCGCGAGGACGUACUAUGCUUGUCAUUGCUCAUCGAUUGAGCACCAUCACCACCGCAGAUCAAAUUUUGGUUUUGAACGACGGCAAAGUCUCAGAACGAGGCACCCAUGAAGAGCUGCUGGCUAUGAAGGGUCGUUAUGCGAGCAUGUGGCGCAAGCAGAUUCGUGCCCAGAAGGCAGCAGCCGAAGCCCAAGUGCUUCAAAACCGGGCUCAACGCCUUCGAAGUGCCUCGACCAGUGCAGCCAACGCCGACGAUAGUUCCAGUCAGUCCGAGGAGGAACGAAACGCCAAUUCUGGAUCACCUGGCAAUCGGGAUUCAUCGGCACGGGUUACAAGCCGAGCUGACGACAGCCACGACACCAGCCCUAAUGGACGGACUUAA